AUUUGGAAUUAAAUUCUCACUGAUUUUUCAAUAUAUUUGAGCUGGCAUCACUGGUACUUUUCAAUCCGCUUUGUGGACUGUAGAACUACGGAAAAAAUCAUUCGAAGCGUGGUUGAAAAUUUGUCGACUCGUACUCGUUCUUGCGGAUUUUUUCACGGCGAAUAAUCUAGUGCAAUAGUGCUAAAAAUUCGUUUUGUUCAUUAUAAAAGUGAAGUGAAAUAAUGGCUAUAUAUUGUUUUAUAAAGAAAAAGUGUGUAAAAUAAGUGCGAAGUGAGAAAGCCGAAAAAUUCUCGAACGCCUUCGAGAUAUCUGAUUGUGAGUGGCAAUCGCUGUGGAGAAGAACGAGAAGAGGAAAAAAGUUGGAAAAGGGCGCUCCGCUGGCAAUUUACAGUAAUAAAAAAGCAACUUCACCUCAAAUCAGAUAAACUCAACACUCCCGCUCACUUCACGUUCCACUCGGCGUUCCAAUAACUACGAACAUAUACACACACAGACAUUUUGCUAGCAAUACGUUCAUUAUAGGCGGUGCGUAUUUACGGGCGCGAAUUCAGUCGCAACGAGUGAAAUAUUUUCUAAAUUAUCGCUAUUAGCGCUGAAUUAAGUAAAGUUAAAAAAAAAACCAAUAAAUACUUUGUGUGCAAUUAUAAAGACAAAGUUUACGAUUAAUAUUAACUCUUUGAUAUUUACAAUUGUAUUGCCGAUGAAAGUCUACAAAAGAAAAAUCUAGCAUCUUAUAAAGCGGUCUUAAGUACGUUGAUUUCAACUCUGCCAAUGCAAAUGCUGGCAUUUUCAGUGUAAUUACCACACUGCCAAACGAGUUUGCAAGAAAACUUCUUAUUCGUUUCGUUUAUGUUCGUCGAUGGUGCAAUUUGAUCUAUAUAAAAGACAAUAGUUAAUUAUUUAGCGCAACGCUUCGUAACGGACGACGCGAAACUCCAAGCGGAUUGCGCAUACAAUUCCCGUUCCGUGAGAAGAAGACUGUUUUGAAUGGAUCCUUUUGUCGGCUGGUUUCAAGAGGAACAGGAGGGUCCAGCAUUACGCACAUGGUGUAAAAUUUGGGAGACCAAUGCGCAUGAUAUGAGCCAAUUGUUGGAACAACAGAGCCAACAAUUACAACAACUGCAAAGCGUUGGCAACGGCAAAUUGAACGGCACGUUAAGUGCACGCGAUCGUGAUUCAUUACAAUUGCUGCUACAGCAAGUUGGCAACGGCGGCCUGCGCAAUUCCAUAUAUAAUAAUAAUAACAACAACGGUAGUAGCGGCACAAAUAGUGGCAAUACAUCCAGCAACAAUUCUAUUGACUCGACGAGUAACAACGACUGUAUCACACCGGCCACUACACCAGUCGUAGGAGGCGGGGAUAAUAAUAGCACGAAAAUGCCGUCACAUGAUCGUCCAAGCUAUUACAAUCCAUCGCGCAGGAAAAUUGGUCGUAUAGUAGACAAUAAAGCGAGCACAUUCAACGUCAACAAAUAUAUGGGUAAAUUGGUAAUUAAGUACAAAGGCUGUCCUUGGCGUGUGCCGGGCUUCGAGUAUGGACGCGGAGUUAUCGGUUUACAUCAGGAAAUCGAACAGUUUUACAAUUACGUAUUACCUACGCCCACCGAACAUGCUAUACGCAACGAAGUCGUACAGCGCAUCGAGGCGGUGGUGCACUCAAUAUGGCCAAAAGCAAUUGUAGAGAUAUUCGGUUCCUUCCGGACGGGUCUGUUUCUGCCCACAUCGGAUAUUGAUUUGGUUGUUUUAGGGUUAUGGGAAAAAGCGCCAUUGCGCACGCUCGAAACAGAACUGAUUGCCCGCGGCAUUGCUGAGCCACAUUCGGUGCGUGUACUCGACAAAGCCUCGGUACCCAUCAUCAAGCUCACAGACCGCGAAACACAAGUGAAAGUCGAUAUUUCAUUUAAUAUGCAGUCCGGUGUGCAAUCGGCCGAAUUAAUUAAGAAAUACAAACAGGAAUUUCCACUGUUAGCGAAACUGGUGCUUGUACUGAAGCAAUUUCUGCUUCAACGUGAUCUCAAUGAAGUUUUUACCGGUGGCAUUUCCUCCUAUUCGCUGAUAUUGAUGUGUAUUAGCUUCCUACAAUUACACCCGCUACAAAUCGAUCAUGACAAAGCAAACUUGGGUGUGCUGUUGCUGGAAUUUUUCGAACUUUACGGACGUAAGUUCAAUUACAUGAAGAUCGGUAUAUCGAUCAAAAAUGGCGGCCGCUAUAUACCUAAGGAGGAUCUGCAGCGCGAAAUGAUCGACGGCCAUCGCCCGUCGUUGUUGUGCAUUGAGGAUCCGCUAACGCCAGGCAACGAUAUCGGCCGCAGUUCUUAUGGUGCAUUGCAGGUGAAACAAGCCUUCGAGUAUGCGUACAUGCUGUUGGCCAAUGCUGUGAGUCCACUCAACGAAUUCGGUAGUAAUUGCGCUGAACGCACCAUACUAGGGCGUAUAAUACGUGUUACCGAUGAUGUUAUCGAUUAUCGUGAGUGGAUACGUGAACAUUUUGAGCAUCUUGUGAUCCCCCAUACGCCCAACAGUGGCAGUGCCGUUAAGUUCAUUCCGUCGAUGCUACCGCCUGGCGUUCUGACACCACCACUGCAGCAUCAGCACAUGCAUCCACUGGCGCAGCAGCAAUUGUACCAUCAACAACAGGCCGUGAUGGCGCAACGGUUAAGACGGAGUAGUGUCUCCUCUGGCGAGGACUCGGAAGAUAGCAAAGAAUGUGAUGUAGACUCAACGUCAUCUCCACCGAUUACGCAGCAGAUACAACAUCAGCAGCAGCAGCAACAUCAACAACAACUACAAGCGAGUAUACAUAUGCAGCAGCUGUCCCAACAACAACAACAGCAACAAUCGUCAGCCUCCUCCCAAUUGCAAGCACAGCCGCAGCUAACGCAACUGCCGACCCAGCAACAGCAACAGUUUGUACUUCAGCAGCAGCAACAGCAACAGCAGCAACAACAACAAAUGCACACACAAUGUCCGCCUCCGCAAAAGCAGCAAUCGCCGCCGCGGCAACAAAAGCAACCCUCACCGCCGCAGCAACAAAAGCAAUUAUCCCCGCCCCGACAACAAACACAACAACAACAACAGCAACAGCAGUUGCACGCACAGCAGCAGCAACAGCAAGCGCAGCAAAGAUUUUCCGGCCCUACAAAUCGCCGUCAAUUCUAUGUGCCACCGCCAAUGCAGCAGCAAUAUCAACAACAACAAAUAUCCAAAUCGUCUUCUACCGAGUCGUAUACGAAUGCGACAAGUACGAGUGCUACUUCCAGCUAUGUUGGCAACAGCAAUAACAAUGGCAACAAUAGCAGCAACAACAACAAUAAUAAUCGUACACGUUACACCCAACGUCCGUCACAACAGCAGCAACAACAACAGCAAGUGCGUCAACAACGUGUGCAACAACCGGCGAUGCGUCAACAACGUUACAACGCCAGAACUUCAUCGCCCGCGUCAACAACAUCAUCCCGCCCAUCAACAAAUCCAAUGCAACGUGCGACACUCACCUCUGCUUCGUCGACCAUAUCGAUAAUUUCCAUAUCGUCGGAGUCUUCAGUGGGUUCGACAUCAUCGACGAACAGUUCGGGGUCGGCGUCAGCGUCUGCGUCAACAAAUACUAGAUUAGGCCAACAACGCAACCGCGAUGGUAACGACAGAAGGACGAAGAAGCACCAGUCGGGUAGCAGUAGAUCUAGCACUAGUAAAUAGACGUAUCAACAGCAAGCAGACUGUAUCGGUUAUGUGCAAAUUACCGUUGGAGUUGCCGAAGCCAUUAAAAGCAGCAUCCAAAUCUCCCAAACGACUGCCUACGAUCAAGUGACAUGGGAAGCAUUUCGAAAGCACAACGAAGAGUUUGCGCGCGCGCUCAGUUUAUAACACAUACACACACACACAUUCACACACCCACUUAUUAAAACGCAUACACCAUAUUCUCUAGCACACUAUUAGGUAACUAAGAAAAAUUUAGUAUGUACGAGUUUAGGUAGUUUUAAGUAGUCCUACAACGGGGCCAUACAUACACUGUGGGGCAUUUGGCCAAUAGUAUGUAGACAUGCAAUAUUAUAAUAACUGUAGCGGCGCUUGGUUGAAAGGUACGGUUGUGUAAGGGACGGGGGGGUAACAAGAAACGAUUUGUGCUUGCAUUAUUCUAUAUCUAUAAUUACUGGGCUGAUAUUAGUAGAAAUAGUUGAUAACCUGUGCCUAUUUUAACGUAAUAAUUUAACAAGUAAGCAAAAAAUGCUAAAUCAUUCAACCAUAACCUUAAAUAAUGUUUGUUGUGCGACACAACAUGCACAUACACACAUACACACACACAGUUCCGAACGUUGAUGGAUGAUGACGCCACUGAUUGAAUAAUAUUGUUAUGUAAUAUGUUCUGGGGUUGUAGUGUUGCUACACUAUGCAAAGGAUCUUGGAGUAGCGAUAAAUAAGACCGGACGAACGGACGAUCAUGUUGGACGUUGCUUCGAAAAUGCCGCAGAGUCCACAGCAGCUAUGUAGAGAAAAUAUGUAGGAGACGCAGCGUGCUUAAGCCGAGUAGAAAAGUUGAAGUAGAUUUUAAGAAAAGCUAACGGAGUUGUAAGCGAAAUACCAACAAAAACACACACACACACACACAAAGCGAGGGAAAGGGCGUGAGUGGGCAUGAGAGAGAUCAAAUCCUUAAAAGUCAAACUUUUACCACAUAGAAUACACGCGGUAAAAAUCGAAAAGGAAAAUGUUUAUAAGAGAGUUUUAAGUAGAAGAGGCAAGAAUUGCAGAAGCAGCGUAUGGAAAGGAAUACUAUAUGCUUGCUAGGAGAAAGUAAUGCACACAUGGAUUAUGAACAAAAAUUAAAAUGAGAAAGUAGCUACAAAAAAUCAAAAAAAAAAAAAAAUUAUAGUAAUAAUAUUAAAUAAUGCAAAGCCUGUACCGUUAUUAGUAUUUAAUUGCGUUGCUAUACAAUUGGAAAACGAAUGCAGUUUUAAAUAAUACAUACAUACAUGCAACGCCAAUCAAAUGCUUUCAGAAAUUAGUGUGCAAGUUAAAUUUUCCCCCGAAAAUCUUUGUGUAUGUGAAUUGCAGUAGCAGCAACCGGUAGAAUGCCGGUAUAGAUCUAGCAGCAACAAAAAAAGUUGCAUGUGAUAUUAAACGAACAAAAAGUAAUGGUUACCACACACACACACACCCACGGGAAGAAAAUAGAAAUGUAAAGAAAUUUAGUGUAAAGAAUGCUCAAACUUCAACUUUUCUUCAGUAUGCUAGAUGAGCUUAGAAAGAAAGAUAAUUCGAGUGAAAAGUAGCAAUUAUGUACAUACGUAUGUACGAGUAGGUUAGUAGUAUGUGUGGCAAGCUUUAGCAAGAAUUUAAAUUUUAAGUCGUAGACAAUACAGUUGUAAAAUCGCGUGGGAAGCGUUUUUUAAUUGAAAUUAUCACUUUUUUAAUGCGAAAUAGCGGCGUUCUUUGCAAUAGCCACGAAUUGAAGAGUUUCAUGCACUAAUACAAUUUUUAUGGCCAAGAAUUGAAUAGUUUUUGUCAUGCACUAAUACAUUUUUUAAAAUAAAUUAUUGCUUUAUUAUUUUGAAAAUGGAAAA